GACGCAGCGCGCACACACACCCUUAUGGCAUCAUUACGCUCCUGGUGCGCCCCGCCCAGGUAAUAGAACUGCGCGUUCCCUUAGUGUCUGUGAGUGCGCGCUCCCGUUGGACAGUGCUGCACAGCUUUCUUACACAUGGUAAAGUAAAGUGUGACUGAGCCUUACCCAAGCCAAGAUAUGGCAGGGGGCCGUCGAGGCCCAAACCGGACUUCUUACUGCCGGACCCCCUUAUGCGAACCAGGGUCAGCGGGGGGUGCGGUGCAUGGAGGCAUUCCAUCAGUCAGUGGAGUGAGAUCCCGAGCCAGGAGUAGCUCUAGCACUGGUCUCUCCAGUCCCCCAUUGGCAACCCAGACUGUGGUUCCACUGCGACACUGCAAGAUCCCUGAUUUGCCUGCUGACCGCCACCUCCUGUUUGAGUUGCAGCUGUUUUUCUGUCACCUCAUCGCCCUGUUUGUGCACUACAUCAACAUUUACAAGACGGUCUGGUGGUAUCCUCCAUCCCACCCCCCAUCACAUACCUCUCUGAACUUUCACCUGAUUGAUUUUAAUGUGUUGACUCUUACAACCAUUGUGCUUGCAAGAAGAUUGAUUGGUGCCAUUGUAAGGGAGGCUUCUCAGGGAGGGAAGUCCUCUGUGCCACAUUCACUGCUCCUGGUGGCAACAAGAUUUGCCGUCCUGACUGGAACCGGCUGGAGUUUGUGCCGAUCCAUUAUCCUCUUGUUUAGAACGCAUUCGUUCUUCAACUUGCUUUUUCUCUGCUACCCAUUUGGGAUGUACAUCCCUUUCCUGCAGCUAGGAUGGGACUUCCGCCGCCCAGGCCUCUCUCACAUGCCUAACACUCGAGAUCUUGCCUCUAUGGAUCGGGGAAGCAAAGAUUACUUACAUGUUCUGCAGCACAUUUUGAGGCACCAUAUGCCCAGUGCAGAGCCACUUCCUACACAUGCUUGCUGCCUGUCACCUGACCUUAUUCGCAGUGAGGUGCACUACUUGAAGCUGGACUUCAACUGGCGUGUACGAGAAGUGCUGCUCAGCUCCAUGCUGUCUGCAUAUUAUGUGGCAUUUGUACCGGUCUGGUUUGUAAAGAGCACACAGUAUUAUGACAAGCGUUGGUCUUGUGAACUCUUUCUUCAAGUUUCUCUCAGUACAUCAGUUAUCCUUACGCAACACCUCCUGCCUGCCCGAUACUGUGAUCUUCUGCACAAGGCAGCAGCUCAUCUUGGAUGCUGGCAGAAGGUGGACCCUGCACUCUGCUCCAAUAUGCUACAGCACUCGUGGAUGGAGGAGUGCAUGUGGCCACAGGGGGUUCUGGUUAAACAUAACAAAAAUGUCUACAAAGCAGUUGGUCACUACAAUGUAGCCAUCCCCUCGGAUGUGUCUCACUUCCGCUUUCAUUUCUUUUUCAGUAACCCAUUGCGGGUCCUGAACAUAUUGACUACAUUGGAAGGAGUUCUAAUCUUCUACCAGCUGUAUUCACUUCUUUCUUCAGAGAAGUGGCACCACACAAUCUCCCUAGCUCUUAUCCUUUUCAGUAAUUACUAUGCUUUCUUCAAGCUGCUCAGAGACCGAAUUGUGUUGGGAAAAGCAUAUUCUUACACAGCAGUCCCUGACUGUGAACGGAAGUUAAACUGAUGCCCCAGUCCUUUUUCCUUGUUCCCAUGCCAGAGCUCUGUAUUUUUGUUACAAUUUUUUUUGUCGAAUUAAAAGGAAGAGCAUAUUUUUUUACUGUGA